AUGUUGCCGAGAUGGAGCAGAGCUAUAACUCAGCUGUAUAGAGUUGGAUCACAGAGGAAAAUGGAAUUUAAGACAGAUUUAUAUGUUUUUUCAUCCCGAAGCUAUUCCAAAGUUGCCGCCGCCGAGGUGCCGACUCCGACCGAUCAUAGUGAAAAAAUCUAUGCUAGUGAAAAACAGGAGGUGAAUAUGAAUAAGAUGUUCUGGUCCAAGCCCUGUACAUUGGCUUUAGCCCCUGAUUCCAAACUAAGAGUUGAAGAGCCAAAGUAUGACGGCAUCAAGCGGAUAAUCCUCACAAUGAUGCUGUUUUAUAGUAAACAAAGCAAGUCCAUUCGGGGGGCAAAUGUGAUUUACCGCCGUGUGAUUUCUCAAGUUGAUAAACCUGCUACCUAUGAUGUAUUUAGCUUGGAGAAAACCUUUAAAACAACAUUCUCUUUGCUUGUACUGCAUAUGUGGCUUUGCUUACGGCGUUUGAAAGAAGAGGGAAAGGAUGGUGUUGAGUUGGGGCAGUACUUGUAUGAGAUUUACAAUCAUGAUUUAGAGCUGAGAGUUUCCAAGGCCGGGGUUAACUUACUGUUAAGCAGAUGGAUGAAAGACUUGGAAAAGAUAUUUUACGGAAAUAUUGUUGCUUAUGAUGCUGCCAUGGUUCCAGAAGUUAAACAGGAGGAGUUGCAAAAUGUUAUAUGGAGGAAUGUCUUCUCUGAGGACAGUUCGUUGAAACCAACUGGUACUGCCUUGCAUGCAGUCCAGGCAAUGUCGAGGUAUGUUCGGCGGGAAUGUAGUUGCAUGUCCUUAACAGACAAAGAAGCUAUAUUUUCCGGCAAUUUCAUGUUCACCUCAUUGGAGAAGCCGACGUCUAAUCGAUGA